AUGGGAUUUAUGAUCGGAUUUGCAGUGGGAAUGAGUGCUGCUGGGUUAUUUGGCACAUAUGCAGCGCUGAGGUAUGGAAGGAAAUGAUCAUACAUAAAAUAUCACUUGCAUAUUAAUAAUAAUAUUAUUAACACGUGUGCCUCACUGGAAAGAUUUUUCAAAGCAUCCCAGUUUCAUUUUAAUAGUGAUUUUAACCCUUCUGGCAAUCCCUACCUUAUAAUUUUACUUUGUGAUUUUACUAAAGGUAUAUUAACCAGAUCGCCAGUCUGCUUCAAGUUCGGUUCAGAACUGGCCCGACUAGUGAUCCGGUUGGCCUUUUAUACCUGCCUGCUGCCACUUCAAUGGGUUGAUAAUAAAACUUACUCUUAUUGCAAUAAAUAUUCCAGAGCUGGUUUGCGAGGUAGAGAACUUAUGGGUUUGGUUGGAAAGUCUAUGUUACAAGGUGGAGGGACAUUUGGUGUGUUUAUGUCCGUUGGAACAGCCAUUCGAUGUUGA